AUGACAGUUAUCCACUUUAUUAUAAAACUAAGGCUACCGUCUAAAGCUGUACUUUGUGUAGCUAUCAAACUCAAACCUAACUCUCUCCCCAUGGAAACUGGAAAGUCGUUCUUCACCUUGUCGUCAUGGUUUGUAAUUGUAGCCUUUCUUGUUGUUGGUUUAUCCGGUGAAACUUGUAACGCUAAGUGUACCUCUUCCUGUGGCAAUAUCCCCAACAUAAGCUAUCCUUUCCGACUAAAAGAUGAUCCAAAGCACUGCGGCGAUUUAUUGUUUACUCUGUCCUGUGAGAACAACAGUACACUACUAGUAGACCUACCUCCUUCUGGAAAAUACUAUGUCCAGGCAAUCAACUACGAUAAUCGAACCAUCCGAGUUGUAGAUCCCGGCAUUCAGAAGAACAAUUGCUCCUCCAUUCCUCUUUAUCCUCUCGCCGUUAGUUUUCAAAUUCUGUCUAUGGGUCCGAAUAGCCAAUAUUACCCACUUGGUAUGCUUGUAACUUUCUUGAAGUGCGCAAGUCAG